CAGGUUUGACGAAUUAUGGGCGCACUGCCGAAGACGUUUUUUGCCACUUCUUCUUCUUCUUCUUCUGCGUCGUUUAUCUGAAUCCUCUGGUCUUUAUAAAGCCAAAAUCAAACCAUAGAGGUCGGGUAUAGCAUCUGAGAGCGUUCGUCAAUCUGGUUGUGACCAGAUUUUUAUCUAUUGGAUGGAGUUCCCUUCGCCUUCGAAUUCAAAUAGUUUGGAUAUCUUCCAGCAUUGAUUUAGUUAUUAUACUUUAGGAUUUGGAAUGGAUCCAUUGGAGAGUCUAUCUGCAGAAGCAUGGACAAACCCUUCUUCCCUUGGCAAUAAAAUACCAAAAGUGGUGCCCCCUGGUAACCAGUCUAACCAGUCAUUUACUAAUUUCGAUCUGCAUCAGCAUCAGCGGAACUGGGUAGAUUAUUUUGUUCAAGAUUAUGAUGAUAGAAUUGAUCCCCAAUUCCUAGAAUUCAACCAGCCUUCUCAAAGCGCACCUACAGUUUCUCGCAAUCCCAGUAAUGAGAACAGGAUCCCAGAUCAACAGGAUGCUGCAUUGAAUGAGAUUAAUGAUUUGGGUCGAAUCAAAGAUUGGGAUAUGACAGGAAUGCUAAACAAUCUAUCGUUUCUGGAACAGAAGAUCCGUCAACUCCAGGAGUUGGCGCGUAUUGUUGUUCGCCAGAGAUGGCAAGCUGCAAGUCCACCUGAUGAACUUGCAGCUCAGCAGCAGCAGCUUAUCGCUGCCGAUGUUACUUCGAUAAUCAUUCAACUGAUCUCAACAGCUGGUAGUCUUCUCCCAUCCGCAAAGGGAAACCCCUUGACUGAUCCUUCUUCAAUCAGCCGAUUUGGGCAGCUUCGAGGAUUCGUAUUUACUCCUGCGCCCAGCUUAAAUGGCGGUGGUCAGUCACUGAAUGUUAAUAGAAACAAAGUUCCUAAGCAGUUGAAUCAGGUAGAUCAGAUCAAAAGCUGCAAGGCUGACCAAAACUUCAAUCAAGAACAUGAAAAAAAAGAUGAAGAAGAUGGUGAUGGAGGAGAGAACCUUCCCCAUGGUUCCUAUGAAAUCUUGCAACUAGAGAAAGAAGAAAUUCUUGCAGCUCACACCCAGUUCUGUACAAUAUGUGGGAAGAGCUUUAAGAGGGAUGCUAACCUGCGGAUGCACAUGAGAGGCCAUGGCGAUGAGUACAAAACCCUGGCAGCACUGGUAAAACCCGACAAGGACCCCAGCUCCAAGCCAAUGCUCCUCAAGAGGUAUUCCUGCCCGUACGCUGGCUGCAAGCGGAACAAAGAUCACAAGAACUUUCAACCUCUGAAGACCAUUUUGUGUGUUAAAAACCAUUUCAAGAGGACACAUUGUGACAAGAGUUAUGCUUGCAGUAGAUGCAACAUCAAGAAAUUCUCGGUCAUUGCUGAUCUUAGAACUCAUGAGAAGCAUUGUGGCAGGGAGAAAUGGGUUUGUUCCUGUGGAACAACUUUCACAAGGAAAGACAAGCUUUUUGGCCACAUUGCUCUUUUCCAGGGCCAGGGCCAGUGCCAUACACCUGCUGUUCCCGUUGAUGAGACAAGUGGAUCAGCUGCCGCCCCAUCUGAUCCCCCCGGAGAAAGCAAUGAAUCUACAAACAACUUAGGACUUUCAGAACUCAACUUUGUCUCAACUGUCCCAAUUGGAGUUCAAAAUGUCGUGAGUGUGAAAGGAAAUGUUGACGACCCACCUACUCUCUUCUCACCAUUAAAUGAAUUCUGUGAAUUUCCACAGCCUUCAUUUCAAGAUUUGGAAACUCCAUUCUCAUUUCUUUUUUCAGGAUCAUGAAAUUAUCCCCAGAAGAUAAUAGGGCAAUCAGCUACAAAUAAUUUUCAAUAACAUAAUAACAUGGAUAGUGUUGAAGAGAUUUUCAAAAAUAAUUUGUUGUAAGAUGGUUGACACGUUUGGGAAGAAUUCCAAAUCAAGGAACUAGAGGUUGUAACAUUUCACCCA